UUGAAAACCAGGCUGGGGACUGCAAAGUUUGCAUACAUGGAUAUCUGGUGGCUGGUAGUUAGGCAGGCGGCGAGGCGCGUCCUGUCAAAUCACAAUUUUUAACUCUGUCAGAGGCUGCAAACAAAUUUUGUGUCUGUUAAGGAAAUUACAGGAAUUCCAAAAUGUUUGUGUAAUUACGAAUAAAAUGUUGUAUGCAUACGCGCAGAAUUCAUUUCGCAAAAAAAGAGGAGGUAGAUCAUACAAGCAAGGGGGAAUAAAUAAUUGAUUCAACUGGUAUAACCAGAAGCUAUUCUUUUUUUCAUAUACAUUGUGCUAAUGCUAUGAAUAUGCAAGAGUGGUAAAAAGCAUGGUAAAAAGUCUUACCAUCAAUUGUUUUGAACGAUUUCUGGACAAGGCAUUGUUGUUCUGCUAACCUCUAUAAUAUGAGUAGCAAAACCUUAAAUGCUCUCGCCGAAGAGUAUUUCUAUAAUAUAAAUCCUCUCGCACAACGAAUCGGCGAAGAUGUCGCUGCAACCAAAGAUGCUUACGAAGGAUUAUGGAACACUUUAAGUCUCGCAGAGAAAAAUCAAGCUAUAGAUGAGACGAUUAUUCAACCUGAAGUGGCUCUGAAAUAUACUUUGAAAAAAAGUGAAAAUGUCAAAGACUUGCCUGAUAGUUAUCCAAAGUUGCGCAUUCAAACGGGAAUGAAAUACAUGAUUGAUGAUACUGGAUCGACCUUACGCUGGCGCGAUGAACAUUCGGCACCGUUUUCUGUGAUGACUCAAUCUCAAAUGAAUUUGAAUGUGUUCGAUUCGCAUGAAGAGGCAAAGCCGAAGUUGUCAAGUAAUUAUAUCAGUGAUUCUUCACAUUUCUCAAGCCCGUCAAAAAUGCCAAGGGAUAAUGAUACUCUACGCAAUGAUAAUUAUAAUCAUAACGAAGCAUCUAUUAAUCAUAUGAGUUUUAAUCAGUCCGAAGGUUUCCCUGAUAAGACCAAUAGCUACGUUGCUAAUGAGCGUGAUAUUUUGAUUAACAGUCGUCCAGAAACAGAUAAACCAGAGAGUAUUUUUUCAAAGCUCAUUGGCAAAACGUCACUUCUUAAAAUUCAAAACAAUUUAAAUAAUGAGGAUACGGAGUGUUUGGUAUCACAAAAGAAUCUAACCGGGAAAAAUUGUCAGAUAACAAUUCAAAAUGUGGAUAAAAACCAGAUGAAUAUUAAUUUGACUUCAUCCUCAAAAACGAAAACUAAUGAAAUCGACGAGUCAACUGCACUAUUAGAAACGCCCAACUCUUACAGUAGUUUUCAAUUAUCACAACUUCAGGAUGACGGUAUUCCAAAGACUGGCUUUGAAUUUUUGGACAAUUGGUAAUCUGUCAACAUGUUCUCAGGCAUAUUAAUAAUCACUACUUGUAAUGUUUCGUUUCAUUGGGCCAGUUAGAUACGUACACGAAUUUAAAUUCUAUUUCUGAUAGAUAAUUGAAAUUAUGACACUGAAAGCUGUUGCUGCAUACCAAAGUAAAUAUUGAAAUAAAUACAUUGCAAAUUAUAGUAUAGAGCAGAAAUGGCGUCCCUGUAAAUUGACUAUUAAUCACGUAAAUGAAUACGUCGACGGUCAGUAAAUAGUAAAAUCCUGUUAGUCAGUUUAUUAUAUCUUACCGACGGUGUCAUGGAUGAUGCGCAUUUUACUCGUUGUACUGUGCAUUUGAUCUACCAGUAUUUACCGUAUAUUCCGAGUCGUGAUUUUGGUUAUACCAUCCCUGCUGAAAAGCUACGAAUUGCAUUCUAUUUCGAUCUACAGUUUCUUCAUUUUCUGGGAUGCAUUAUAUGCCACAAGCGAUUUACUUACAAGCCCUUACCAGCUUAGUCUGUAAUUAAUGGUAUCUCUAAUAAAUUUUGAACUUGAAGUUAUAUAAUUUGCACCCCGGCAACAAAGGUGGUACAACUUAAAAAUAGUCAUUUAUCAGUAGAAGCAAAUAACUGUGAGUAAAAACUUUGCAUGCGCAUGGAAGUUACCUGUUGUUCUCUGCUCUGUGAUGGCUAAUUUUUCAACUACGGAAAAUUCACUUUUGAAGCUCAUAGAUCAUUCGAAGUUUGCAAGUCCAAAUAUGGUCUUAUUUUAAAAAUGCCAAUUUUUGAGUUGUCACUUUUGUCACCGGGGUGCGAUUUUUAUGACAAAGUAUGCUCAGGUGCAUCUAUCAUGAGGUUAAAGCGAAUGCAACAAAAUAUAAGUAUGCAAUUCAGUUACUUCAACCAUUGAUUAAAAGUUGAGGGAAUGGUACAAGAAAAGUAAAUUUCUACUCGCACAAGCGUAAAAAUUUUCCACAUCCGUAAAUCUUUACUGGUUUCAAUGGCUGAUUUUCUUUUUGAUGUAGAUCGACUUCCUUAACGUUAUAAACUUGACGUCAUGAUCUAUCACUAUUUCACGAUUUUAAUGUAUUAGGUGAUGCAAAAUAAUCUGAUAUGCAUACUCUCUUGAUAUCUGUUCUUGGCUAUUGGUAAGAAGAGGUAAAAAUGUGGUCUAUAAAUAGUUCCGAUCUUUUGCAUUUGCCCAAAUUUUAUUCUUGAUAACAUUAUUUCAUGACUAAUAAAGUUUCAUUUCAAACUGAUUAUUUAUGAGUAUGCUCUGAGAACUUAUCAAUUUCAAGAUGAUUGCAGUUAACGUUAAUUGUUUUAAGAUCUAAUUGUUCUAAAGAUGUGGAUACAUUAUUGAUAUCAGAGAAUGUUUACAACUUUAGCACUACCUCGAAUUAUUUUAUUAUAUCAAUAAUAUCCAUACAAAAGGCUAAUGGAUUUAUAAACUAAAGCAAGUAGUUGAUGGCCAUGCCGAUAAGUUACUAAUUGUGAGGCUAUUAGAUUAAAUUAGACUGAUUUUACCCAGAACAAAAUAAAAAUUACAUUUAUAAUGGACAUUAGAAAUUUGCAUGAUCUAGAAUACUUAAGAUUCGGGAAAAGUUUGAGAAAAUGUCUAGUAUAAAUCCAAAAUUGUAUAGUUUCGUGACUUGAGACAAUAUUUUGCAUACUUUCAAUAAUAGAACAAUUUUACAUAUAUGGAUAAUGCAUACAAUGAAUGUAUAUUGAAUAGCAAUUUUCGAAAAUAGCUUUUAUAUUAUUUUGUGUGUUAAGACUACCCAGCGAACAAACAUAUCUUUAUAAGUUAGUAACGGUAGUAUUGUAAGUUUGGAAACCGAAUUGGUUAGAAUAAUACAAGAUUUUUAAUAUUUCUUUAUAUACUCAUAGGAUUUUUACGUAACAAGUUUCGUUUUUCGAUAUAUUAAAAGCCUGAUAGUACUUGAAUUAGCAAAAAUUGUUUUGAGAUCUGAUUCACCUAGCCCCUUUCACUGCGAUUUUCUUUGCCCGUGUUAGAUAAAAUUAGAUAAUAAUAUUUAACACUGCAGUUUUUGCGUACCUUUGAUAACUUUAGUUGA